AUGAAGUCCUUCUUCAUUGCCUGCCUCGCUGCUACCAGCACUCUUGCUGCCCCCCUUGCUGUUCCUCAGUUCGGUGGUUUCCCUAGCUUUGGUGGUGGCUUCGGCGGCGGCUUUGGCGGCAGCACCAAGAACGAUGUCACCAGCGGUGUUUGCAAGCCCGUGACCUACAUCUUUGCCCGUGGAACCACAGAACUCGGUAAUAUGGGCUCUACUGUUGGUCCUGCCCUCGAGAAGGCCCUCGAGUCGGCCUUUGGUGCCAACAAUGUUGCUACUCAAGGAGUAACUUACCCGGCUGAUGUCGCUGGUGCCAUCAGUGGUGCUCUCAACCCUGGCUCCGCUCAGGGCGCUCGCACUAUGGCUAGCUUGACCCAGCAAGCCCUGUCUAAGUGCCCCGACACCAAGGUCAUCCUCGCCGGAUACUCUCAAGGUGCCGAACAGGUUCACGGCGCUCUCCAGAACCUUCAGAACGGACAAGUUGCUGUCGCUCUUACCUUCGGUGACCCGCUCCAGAGAAUGCCUUUCAGAAACAUCGACUCUGGCCGCACCAAGAUCUACUGCAAUCUCGGCGACGGUGUUUGCGCUGGUGCCUUCAUCAUCUCUGCUGCUCACUUGUCUUACGCCACUCAGGAUGCCACUCCUGCCGCUCAGUUCGCCAAGGGUGUUAUUGGCAACAUCUAG